GAGAACUUGUAGCAGAAUCCCAAAACCUUAAAAAAAAAAAAAAGUACUUUCUUCUUAUCUCAAUGGCUGAAUUCGCAGCUGAUUUUCAAAGCUUAAUUAAACCCUUUCUAGAUGUUGAUCCAAACAUGGAACUAAUAACCCAAUUUUCCGGGAUCAGCCCAAGGAUCAACCAUGUCAUGGACAAUUCAAGCUUGCUGAAUUUCCCUUUCUCAAGUGACCACAACAUGUUUGGCAAUCCAGCACCCCAUUUUCCAGGAAACAUGGCUGAAAAUUUUCCGGGAAAUUUCAACUCUAGCAAUAACCAGCUUUAUGUUAAUGCACAGUCAACUAGUGCUCCAAUAGGGAAUAACAAUGAAUAUUCCCAUGAAAGCAAGAAGAGAAAGGCAGUGAAGAAUUUGGAUGUUGCAUCAGAGAGCAGCUCAGGAAUCUCUUCUGAAACUGGGACCGGGAUUAAAAAGAAAAAUAGUUCAGGAAAAGGAAAAAGAGUGAAAAGCAAUGACAAAGAAGAUCAAGAGAAACCAAAAGAAGUAGUUCAUGUUAGAGCUAGAAGAGGUCAAGCCACUGAUAGUCACAGUCUAGCAGAAAGGGUUAGAAGAGGAAAAAUUAAUGAGAGACUCAGAUGCUUGCAAGACAUUGUCCCGGGUUGCUACAAGACUAUGGGUAUGGCAGUAAUGUUGGAUGAGAUAAUUAAUUAUGUGCAAUCCUUGCAAAAUCAGGUCGAGUUUCUUUCUAUGAAGCUGACCGCUGCAAGUACUUAUUAUGACUUCAAUUCAGAGACAGAUGAUAUGGAGAAGAUGCAGCAGAGAGCAAAAGCAAAUGAGGCAAAAGAGAUGGAAAGAUUGAUAAGAGAAGGAUAUGGAGGAUUUGCUUGUUUCCACUCAAGUUGGCCCCUUUGACUUCACUUUUGGAUGUUACCCCUUAUUGCCAUACAACAGAUGAAGAUGCUUCCAUUCUCUAAUAUUUUUCAAUCCCAAAAUCAGAAUUGUUUAAUUACUAC